CGGGCUUGGAUGGGUCACACAUCCUAGCACGAGGUACCGAAAAAGGAGAGCAAUGCCAAUUACAGCCUACCAAGGUCUCCGCUGCCUUCUUUGGGAGUGCACCCUGUACCUGCCUCAGCAUGGAACCUGGCAUGCUACUGACGGCAGCAAGCAAGGGGGUAAAUUACCAAAAAAAAAAAAAAAGAAGAGACCAAAGGGGAAAAAAAGGGCUAUACACCUUCCCUGUCCUCAAGUUUUAUUAUAAGACACCAUCGAUCCCCCUUCUCACGCCAAUUUUUUCCCCUGGUUAUCAUCUAAUGCUCCCAAGCUCUCUGUACACUAGAUACCCUCUUUUACCACCGGUGUCGUCCUCCUACCACCUUACAACUUUCGGUUCUGCUACUGUCGACUGCUUACGUGUUACCUACUCCCUCCUGAAACUCGACGCCGCAAAACGCCCUGUACGUAACGGCAGCAGCAGCAUAUCACCCGCAGCGUACCUGGCCAGCAAGCUCGGUACAAGGCAAUCCAGCUUCAGCAAGGAUCGCAAGAUAUCGAGACCUACGACUUGGUCGCUAAAACAAGGCAAAACACUCCCAGAGCAGACCUCGUUGCAACUGCGCCUCCUAUCAUCACGCGUUGUCGCCGAGAUUGGCCAUAAAAAGCUCCAGCAAGCCAUCUCAUUCGCAUUUGGUGCCGCCUUCGCCCCUGCAUUUUACCCUACCGCGUCAAGUCCGACAUCUUACUGGCGACGCUGUCAACUGCUGCGAGAUACAGAACCCCGUACAACCUCGCCUCAGCCCUCCCGCCCAUCCGGCCCCUCCGUCUUACUCGCCUAUCUUCUCGCGCCGCGAUCUUAGAGGCCCCCAAAACUUCUUCCGCCGCCAUUUCACGCCUCACAACCAAAAUGAUUGUCAGAGAAUCACAAGCUCUCUUGAACAUGGGUCGGGGUGCCUACGACACGACUGGUGUCCCCAAACCUCCACCGAAACCCAAACGCCGAUAACCAGGCCGAUAUCCAGCUACAGUUACUUCUACAUUCGGCCACUGGCGCAACAUGAGUCUCACC